UCAAUUUUAGGAAGAAUUUUCUCACUAGGAGGGUAGUAAAACACUGGAACAGGUUACCCAGAGAGAUUGUGGAAGCUCCAUCCUUGGAGGUUUUCAAGGCCUGGCUAGAGAGCCUUGUCUGGAAUGAUCUACGGUAAAAGCUUUGUUAACCGGGAUUCUACUGUCUGGAAUACUCUAUUAACUGGAAUUUCUGGCUGGCUGACCGCGGGGGAGACAUGGUGGUGAGUGGGAAAGCUAGCAUGUGGAGGCUGCUGCUGCUGCCACUGCCACCCUUCCUCCCCUUCCCCCCCCCCCCCGCGCGCUCGCUGCUCCACGUGUAGCUGCUGCUGCCACCCCUUCUGCCCUGUCCUGCUUGGCAGGGGGUUUCAAAAAGGUUGAAAACCACUGGCUCAGAUAACUGGAAUUUUUAGAUACCUGGCACCCCCUUACCCCACUCAUGCCUCUUGACACAGCUCUUACUGUAUUUGGGGAUAGUCCUGCUUUGAGCAGGGGGCUAGACUAGAUCUCCUGAGGUCCCUUCUAACCGUAACUUUCCAUGAUUCUAUAGGAUAUUCUUGAGGCUUAUAGAUUGAGGAAGGAUAUGAUAAAAGUUCCCUCUAGUAAUUGGAAUGUGGAAUUUCUAAGCCGUGUUGAGAGGCUGAAUAGGGUAGAAUAAGGAGUACAGCCCAUAGCAGGUGAAUGGAUAGGCAAAGGUAGCAUGUAGCACUCCUGGUAAAUUUUUUGGGCCUUUUCUACAUGGAAAAAUAUACUUUUCUUUUAAACUAACUUAGUUAAAUGAACAACUUCAUGUAGACAAGUUUUCAGCCCUUUGUUGUUCGAGGGUAGGUGGAUUUUAGUGCCAUGUGUUGUUUUGUAUGUGCUUUUUAAAAAAAUAAGGCUCUGAAUGUUCUGUGGAUAGUAGCAUUUGGUGAUGCAGAGAGCAGAUGUUUACUGCAGAUCCCUCAGCCAGAAUUCUCCCCAAUGCUCCCUUCUACUGCUGUACUGUAGACUAGUUUGUGGCUGCAAGAGUACUGCAUGUCUGUAGCUUGAAAUGCUUCUGUGGAGGGAUCCUGUAGCAAGAAAGUCUUUCAAAGUUUAAAAUACUGAUAAGAGUAUUGUGGGAAGUACAAGAGUAAGGCAGGCUAUGGAAAGGAAGUCUUCUGAAGAAAAGUUUGAGAGGCUUUUCACUUAGAAGCCAGUAGUAUGCAAAAUGGUUAACCAGGUAUGUAGUGAGAGCUGUAGACUUUAAGUUAAUUUAAGUCCUAUCUGUCCUCCACCCAUUGUAAAAACAACAAUGUAAGGUGUCAUACACUUGAGGUUAGACACCGUUUCUGUAAGGGAGCAUGGCCUGGGGUCCAGCUAUGAUGCAGUCUGCAGCAAGAGGCAUUCUUUGCCCUUGGGCAGAGGAGCACUAAGCCUAGCAACAUACUGCAGAUGCCUUCUGUAAGCCAUUUUACUGUGCAAUUGCAGGAUGACUGUUGUACUGAAAUUUAACGAACUGGUAACUGACCAGGAUGAUGAUAAUAUGAGGUCAUUCCCAGGCCUUAGGGAGGGGAACCUGCAUAGUCAUUAAGCCAGCAGAGCUGAGCAGUGUAAGUUACCAGUUGGUAGCUUCCAUCAAGUAUAAGGAUGCUGUAGCCUGCACAUAGAUAACUUCUGUUCAAACUAUGAAGUAUUCUUAUUUUAAAGAUACAGCAACAGAAGUUUUAAAGAUAAAGGACACAGAGUUUUUUGUGCGUGUGCAUGAAGAAGAGCUGAAGGGCUGAUUAUGCAACAUGUUUAGCUUCAGAAAUAAGAGAAGCCUUAAAUCUAGGUCCUUUUUAACUUUUCUGGAGGUCUCUUUUGUUAUAUGAGAUCUUACAACUUAACUGAAGUAGUAUCAGAUUUUAAUUUUGGCAAAUAUUCUUUUUCCAAAAUGUCUUAAAUUAAAUAGACUAAGAAAUUGCUUCCCUACUCAGUGGCUCAGUUUUUGCAAUAUUUUGAUUUUUGUGAUGUCAUAACUACACUCAUUUUUCAAUUGCCAUCAUUCUUGAGUAGAAAAGAAAAGUGUAUAAGAGAACUCAGCAGAAAAAAGCCUUUAAGCCUCUCUGUACCCACUAGAAAGACUCAAGGCUCUUUUCCCUUUUGUUGGGUCCCUUUUGAUCUUCUUUUGUAACUGUUGCUUUCAUGUUUCUGUUGCUUCUCUUCUGUAGCUAACUACAUCUCCAAGCUGCAUGCCACUGCAUACACUGCAUUGAAUGCAUAAGAGUCUUUGUCUAAUAAUGGAAUAAGGGAGCCAAGGUCCAGGGUUGGAGAGUUACUCAACAUUAUAACAGUGGAGGCCUUUGCAAGCCUGAGAUCCCUAUUUUAAAAGGCCUUAAUUCUUGGGUUUACCCUGCACAGACCAUCUACUUAUACAAGCCGGUUAAUAGAGCACGCCAGUUAAUAAAGUGCCAGAUAGCACAGCUUUUACUGUAGUAGUAAGAGGCUUCAGCUACACUUCAUAUUGGCGUCAGCUGUAUAUUGGGAAACUACAACUUUGUUUUGUCUGCUAGCUCUUAGACAGUCCUUAUUGUCUCCACCUAGGCACCGGAGAUCAGAAAGAACCUAUCUUAAAGUUCAGACAUGUAGAUGGAAAGCUGGUUUGAUGGUUUCAAAAGAGAGUCCUGUUGGUUUUGCUCGCUUCCCUAAGUCAUCAGGAGUUUGUAACCCCCAGCCUGUGGGCCAUCUCUUCAUAAUAGGUACUGCGACUAAGUGGACUUCAUUGUCAUCUGAACUGGAAAGGAUAGGCAUAGUACGAGGAGAGGGGGGAAGCACGCAAGGAAUGCACAGGGGAGGUUCUUCCAUCUGGACUUGUAAUAAAUUGUUAUCGUUGGAACUGAGAAAGUGAGCCUUUUUGGUUCUCCCCUGACUUGGAGAUGGGUGUGUUGUAAUUCUGUUUUUACCGGGGAGAAAACUGAACCAUGAAUCUUCAACAGAAGUCUUCAAACAAGAGGGCUGGGAAACGGAUUGCUUAUUUUAAUGAGCAGGAUAUAGCUGUGCCAUCAAAAGAACUUCAGCACCAGCUUAAGGAAGGACAGUACUAUGGACAUGGAGGGAAUAUACCUACCUCCCAAGCUAUGGAAUUUACUAAUGCAGGGGUAUUACCUGGUGCACCCAACAAUGUUGCCUUGAUGAACUCAGUAUAUCCUUCAGAUAGGGCGGAGUCGAUGAUGAUGUCCCAGCCAGUGACUGCUGUCAAAUGGCAAAACUCCUUGAUGGGGAGCCGGUUGCCAGAUAGGUGUGAUUCCAAUUGGCAGCCGUCACCUGCAAUGUGGAACCACAACAUGGCCUAUGGGGGCCACCAGAAAGGCACCCAUCCCAGUGCUGGUGCCCCAGGGUUCUAUGGCCAUCCUGGCCCCCUGAAAAGAAGCCAGGAAAAGGGGGUGGUGGUUUCCCAGUUUGAACUUUAUGAGGAUGCUGUCCAGCAGAUGAUGUCCCAGAAAAUUCAGUUAGAACAGCAAGCAUUGGUCAGGCAGCAAGCACAAAUGAAUUCGUUCCAUCAGAUGCAGAAGCAGCAGCAGAGUCAGAGUCUACCUUUACAGCCUUUUCAGCUUGCAUUUGGUCACCAAGGCCAGAAGCAAGGUCUUCCUGAGUUGUUACAUGUCUUUCAAGAAGCCCCAACUUGUGGCCCAACCUUUACCACCCAGCAGAAACAGCUUCCUCAGUUGCAGUUGUUUGAAAACUUCUAUCCACAACAGCAGCAACAACAGGCUGCCACACAAGCCUUCAGCCUCCAGCAAGCUACUUCCAUAGCACAGCCUCACGUGGCAGCAGCAGCACCCCAGCAUCAUAUGAUGGCCCACCAGUUUCAGCAGACUGAGAGAAACCAAGAGCUAUUCAAGGCUCUAACAGAGCAGAACCAACAGACUGUGCUACCUCAGACCCAGUUGUCCUUUCCAAGGAGGUCACGGAGACUCUCCAAAGAAGGGAUUUUGCCAACAUCCUCUGCAGGAGAAGUAUUGCCUUCUAAGCCAGUGGCAGAACAAUCUAGCAAUCUGUUCCUGCACCACUGGCAAUCGCAGCAACAGCAGCAAGAGGUUCAAGUGCAGCAUCACCCUGAGAUACUGGGCCACAGCAAGGGGAGCUAUCUGCAGCCCACAAGAAUGGAUCUUGGACAGAAGGAGACCCUGCUUAACAGUGAGAUGACCCAGCCUGAAACAGAGAAACCAGCUGCAUCACAGAAUGGCAGGGAUGAAGAGAAGCAGGUGGCAACAAGUGAAGAAAGCACACGGAGAGUGAGUGACUUUUCAGGUGUGAGAGGUGGUGUCAUUCAGAGCACCCGGAGAAGACGGCGUGUCUCUCAAGAGGCCAACUUGCUAACCUUGGCUCAAAAGGCUGUUGAGCUGGCUUCUCUCCAGGAUGUCAAGGAGUCGGAUACCUCAGAAGAGAAGAAGAGUGCUGCAGCAGCAGCAGAACCGCCAGCAGCAAAAAGCGUUGUGGAAUUUGCCAGCUCUUCACCAGUCUCCAAAAGAGCACGGGAAGAUAGCAACCUUGUGCCUCUUAUCAUUCCUGUGUCUGUGCCAGUGAGGAAAGUUGAUUUGCAGGACUUUGGGAGGGAAAAGGGUGAAGAAGGGAAACUCCAGAGAGUCCAGGCAAAUGAUCGAGGUCCUUUUGAACGCAAGCCUUCUGUGAUUGUCACCCGAAGAAGGUCCAAUCGCAGUACCAACAUGGAAAACUCACUCCAGCCUGAAGAUGCUGUUCCAAAGGAUGAAGCAGAGAACUUUGCUCGGAAGCCGAAGCAGCGCCCCAGACCUGAGCCACUUUUCAUACCGCCAAAAGCUGGCACCUUCAUUGCUCCUCCAGUCUAUUCCAACAUCACUCCAUAUCAGAGUCACCUACGCUCACCUGUCCGCCUAGCAGAUCAUCCUUCUGACAGGAACUUUGAGCUACCUCCUUACACUCCACCACCAAUACUUAGCCCAGUGAGAGAAGGGUCUGGGCUCUAUUUUAAUGCCAUCCUCUCAUCUAGUGGCCACACAGUUCCACCUCCAGCAACUCCAAAAAGUGCUCACAGAACUCUACUCAGAUCUAAUAGUUCAGAAGUCACUCCUCCUGUCCUUUCAGUAAUGGGGGAAGCUACGCCAGUCAGCAUUGAACCGCGAAUCAAUGUGGGAACUCGGUUUCAAGCAGAAAUCCCACCCCUCCGAGACAGAGCUUUGGCAGCAGGUGAUAAACAUAAGGCAGACUUGGUGUGGUGCCCUUGGGGAGAUCUUGAGAUCAACAAGACUAAUCAAGAAAAUGUGGAAAAUCUGUUAGCUGCUGCCUGUUCAAGUAUUUUUCCUGGGGCUGGUACAAAUCAGGAGCUGGCACUGCACUUCUUGCAUGAAACAAAGGGAAAUGUUCUGGCUGCUUUGAGCAAACUGUUGCUGAAGGGGCCAGGGCGACCACCAGUCCAUCCCUUGGCUGACUACCACUACACAGGAUCAGACAAGUGGAAAGUUGCAGAGAAGAAACUUUUCAACAAAGGCAUUGCAAUCUAUAAGAAAGACUUUUUCCUGGUCCAGAAACUUAUUAAAACCAAGACAGUGGCCCAAUGUGUGGAGUUCUACUACACAUACAAAAAACAAGUGAAAAUUGGUCGGAAUGGGACCUUAAUCUUUGGGGACAUUGAUGUUGCUAAUGAGAAGUCUGUGAAAGAUGAAGCUGAAAUUGAUAUUAAGAGCUCCCAUAGGUUUGCACGUGUUCUUCCUCCCAGAAGAGUUAUUUACAAUGAGGACCAUGGGCACAUGGUGGAAGAGAAUGAGGAGGAGGAAGAGGAGACUGAAGAGAAGGUGAUUAAGGAGGCAGAAGAGCUGGAUGACAGAAAAAAGAGUACAGCAUUUCCCAAAGAUGCACAAACACUACAAGCCAAUGAAAUGGUCAGUGAAGUCAUCAGUUUAAGCAGCCAUGAGGCUAAUGCACCAGGAGAAGCCAGUGGUAGAACUGGAAGAAAGCCUAAAGAAGCAACAGUUAAGUUUCGGAAAACUCUUCCCCCAGGACAGAGGAGGAGGCGGAAACAGAAGAUAAAGCCAGACCUCACUGCUAAAAUGCAAAAUGAGGAAAGCACGUUUCCAUGUAAAAAAUGUGGAAGGGUUUUCUACAAGGUGAAGAGUCGCAGUGCCCAUAUGAAAAGCCAUGCUGAACAGGAGAAGAAGGCAGCAGCACUCAAGCAGCAGGAGAGAGAGGCAGCAGCAGCAGCAGCGGUAGCAGCAGCCCAAAGCCAGGCACAGCAGGAGGAGAGCAGCGGCAGCAGGAGCAGCAGUGGCAGCAGUAGUAGUGGCAGCUCCGAUGAGGACAGGGAGAUUUAGCGACAAGCCAGAAGAGGAGGGAGUAGCCAGGCUGGACCCAACAGGGCAGUGCAGGUCAAUACUCCAUGUGUUUGCUUCCUUUGCUGCACUUUCCUCGUUGGAACAGAGGUCUACCUGGCCUCAGUGUUGCCACUUCCUCAUCCCACAUGCUUCACCUCGAUUUGCCUGAACAAACCGAGCCAAACCAGUGGAUAAUGGAUCUGUGUGAACUUGAAUAUUCUUUUUUACAAAUAAGAUUUAUAUUUUAUUUAUGAAGAGACCCUGAGGUACUCAGUAGAAGUCAUCCAGAGUGGAAUUCAGUUCUCCAUCAGGUCAAUCAGACUUUUCCCUAUGUGCUUUCUCGGAUCUGUGUUGACAAGACCCUUUAUUAGAUCCCUAUAAAGCCUUACAAACCUGAGCAGGAAGAAGGAUAUUCUGCUCAGAGACGCACAGCAUUUAGUUACUGUGAUGCUGGCAGUGGAUAGAGCUUGCCUUCCACAGCAAAUCCUCUUUUCUGUCAUUUCUCUUCCUGCUUUCUGCCAGGGGUGUUCUCCACGCUCUCUGCUGGCUUUGCUGAAUGAGACAUGGCUUAGUGAAACAGGUGCAAAAAGAGAAGGCAAAGCCCCGCCCUCUCCUGGAGAGAGAGCAUUUUUUAUUUUUCUGUAGCAGGUGAGAUACCUGCUGGGUUUUUGGGGGUUUAUUUUUUGUCGGGGGAGGGAAUCUGUGCCAUAAAGAGUCCUGCAGUGGACGCGAAGCAUCCUGUGGGAUGAGAGCAGCAGUGCAGCUCAAAAGUCCUGCUACGUUGCAUAUAGAAAACAAAGCAAUUGAUCUUAGCUCACUUUUUUUGAAAAAUCUGGUUCCCCACACAUAUCAAGUUGAAAGUGGUGGGUGACCUUUUGAGCUUUAACUUGUUACAGAGGCAGUGAGGUUGUUCUAAUGAGGCUUGAACCAAGAUCCCAAUGUUUUUAUGGAUGGACUUUGGUCUCCUGAUGUUUCCUUAAUCUCCUACCCCAGAUGCUCCUUUCCUUCUCCUGGUGGCCUUCCCCCAUUCUUUUGUGUGGUCUACAAAUGGCCAUCCCUUAGAUUAUGCUCCAGGAGUAGUGAGAUUUUAAAUGCCUUAUUUAUAUAAAUAUCCUCAAAGGGAAUAUUCAUUUAAAAGAGAUGUGGCAGCAUGUACUGUAUGUAGGAAUGUCCUUCUCUUUAUUCCCACGCAGUAGUUGGACAGCGGAGCUUGUUGGGCUCUCCUGUCAUGACCCCCUCUUCUGGUGAAAUGCAUUCUCUUUUGCAGAGCUGCAGAAGAGCCACUAGAUAUGUAUAGAUCCCCAGUAUCAAACAGGGGCCAACAAGCCUGGUGUUGCAACAGAAGUUAAAGAAGGCAAAACACAGGUCAUUUGACAUGAAUGUUAAUAUUGUACAGGAUUUCUCCAAAUGUUAUACAUAUUCGACUUAUCAUUUUAUGUCAUAAAACUGUAUGAACCUAGGUGUUUUCUUGGGCUGCAUACAGAAUUGUCUUCUGGACACUGCAGAGGAAUGUAAUUAUUGCUUUUGUAGAGAUCAAGAUAGCCACAUCCACCUUCACUGGAGGUGUAACUGAAGAGAACCAUCGGAUAAGAGGGGGCCAAUCCUGGGGUCAGGCAUCAGCUGUAUCGCAAGGAACUUGUAAAUCCAGAAAGCUGUUUCUCCCUCUCACCUCUAGUAGAACAUCUUGUGUUGAUGUUUGUUGCAUUUAAUUGCUUGAGCAAAGAGGUGUGGUCAGGAACAUUGCCACCUAGGCCUGGUAUAGCAUUUUCCAUCAGUAGAUCUCAAAGGAGAUCAGAUCAGUAUCACUAUCCUUGUUGUUUACAUGUUGGGAAGCCAAGAUCCAGAGGUGAAGCAAUUUGUGUGAGGUCACUGAGAAGGUGAAUAGCGGAGCCAGGAGUAGAACCCAGUCCCAGUCCAGCUCUAUAGCGACGAGGCAGCACUGACCCUGUAAUAAGCACUGACCCUGUAAUAGUGUGGCUUUGAAUUUCCAGCUUGCCAGUUCCACACAGUGAAAAUCAGAUCAACCACCUGUGGCUCAACAGUGCCAUCUGCUGGGCGGACUGACUGGCUAAUGGUCUGUUCAUUCCUGAGCAGGGCUGGUUCCCAUAAAAUGAGCAGGCUACUUGAUGAUCCAGCUGACUUGCUGUUAAACUUCAAGCAAGAGAAUGCCUCUGUGCUUGCCCAACUACAGAGCAAUGCAGGACAAACUGAAGCCUGUCAGCUCCGUGACCUUCUCUUGCCAUAUGGCACUGGAGCUUCCUAUACACUGAAAUUUGGGCCUGACUUGCACCUGCAUUAUUUCACUGCCUAUUUAUGUCCUUGGGCCAUAUAUUUGAUUACCCUACAAGUUAAGGUGUGCAGCUGUGUUCACCUUCUUAGCAACAGAAAAGAUAGCUUCUUUUAAGUAAGAAUAAACAUGGUUAAUAGGGAAAUGUUUUCUUUUUAAAUAUUAACUUUUACUACUGAAAAAAUGCCCCCUUACCUUUGUAACCCAAUGUUUUCCUUAUGUACCAAGCCUCAGCUUGUACCAGGGAUCAAAAGACCAAAUUCCAGCCUAGAUUCCGUCUUUCCCUGUACAGUCGCAUACAACUUGGUCCAUUGCAGGAUUUGGAUGACUGUUCCUUUGUCCCUCUGUGAAACCAGCCUUGUCUGGAAUGAGGGCAGGUGGCAAAUCCUGUGCUGUUGAAAUCCAUUAGCAAACUGGAGAGAAUCAAAAGUAAACAUUUAUUUAAAAAAGAAAAAAGCUCUAGCAAACCAAUCUUCCCAUUAGGAGUUUAAAUUUAAUUAAUAAGUCUUUCUUUUGGAAACUGGAGAUGGCACAUGCUUCAUGCUGUCCCUAGCCCUGGUGAGGAAGCAGCUGUCUACUGCAUUUCAAUUUAAGUAACUUUACUUCUGAAUUCUUCUCACUUGCGUUGGUUCCAUUUUGAGUGUUGUGCUUAAUAGUGUUGUAACCUUUUAUUGGAUCUUAUCCUUUAGUAUGGCAGCUGCUUCUGGGAGUUUGGAAAGUCCUUUCUGGCUAUCAGGUUCUGGAAAUAGUGGAGUGGUGUAAUAAAUUAAAAAGCAAGUAGGGCACUUUGUGCAUUUAAAAAAAUAAUUCUAAAAGUACUGCAGAACACGCUAUGUUAGAAGGGAGGAAUAGGUUGCAAUCGGACCUAGACAGGUUACAGGGGUGGGCAGAUGAGAACAGGACGGGUUUCAACACUGACAAGUGCAAGGUACUGCACCUGGGGAGGAAGAACCAGCA